AUGACAAUAUUAUUAUAUGGAUUCGGUGCGGAGCCAACUGCGACAGCAAAACGUCGUACACACUUGAAAAUUGGUGAUCUAUUGCGAAAGUUAGGCAUUUUUCAACUACGCGUUUUACUCUUAAAAUUUCUCGCAACACUUAUCAUAUGUUUUGGUAAAGUUGUAGGAAUUUUUCUUCAAUAUCAAAGUUUUCAGAUCAAAAUGCGUCCCGACGUUCUUUCAAGCAUGUUGUAUUCCGUGGCACCGGGAUUUUCUUCUCCGUCCUUGUCGCACAGUGGCUCUGUCAUUGUCUUACUCAUUGCGAAGAUAAGUAAAGACACUUCAAAACGUUCACCGCUAGAUGGCGACUCAAUUGUCAUCUAG